AGAAAAAAAAAGAAGAAAAAAAAAGAGAAAAACACAACACCAUCAACCCCCGCAUCCGCCACCGCCGCCACCACCCCCUAACUCCGAUUUGAAGCGACCAGAGGCCGCGGCUAAGGUCCGGGAUGUCGGGGCGCAAGGAGACGGUGCUGGACCUGGCCAAGUUCGUCGACAAGGGCGUCCAGGUCAAGCUCACCGGCGGCAGGCAAGUUACAGGGACUUUGAAGGGCUAUGACCAGCUUCUAAACUUGGUGCUUGAUGAAGCGGUUGAAUUUGAAAGAGAGCAAGAUGAUCCAUUGAAACUAUCAGGGAAAACCAGACAGCUUGGUCUUAUUGUCUGUAGGGGUACAGCGGUGAUGCUUGUAUCGCCAACCGAUGGAACGGACGAGAUUGCCAACCCCUUCCAAUCUGAUGGUGCAUAAACCUGCAGGAGCUGAUGGUUCUCCUAGUCAAGAUCCAUGCUCUCCCAGUAGAGAGGCCUUUGUAUUAACUCAUGUAAUCUGGUGCCACAGUCUCUUAUGACUCGUGUCUCUUAUGAACACCAGGUGGUGGUCUGUUCUGUACCACUCGAAACUGAUUUCUGAAGAUCCUUGCUUUGUGUCAGAUAUAUGAAUCGCAUUAUGCUCUUGUUCGGUUUGUUCA